AUGCCACUGUUUCAUACCAACAAAGUUGCAAAUGCCCAGAAAAUGUUCUUCAAAACUCUGCUUCUCUUCUUCCUGUUCCGAUUUUGCGAUUCCAGGGAUACCAUAACAUGGAACAAGGAACAACUGAAGGAUGAUGGUGGAGUUUUAGUGUCCAAACAAAGCAAGUUCGAAUUGGGUUUCUUCAGCCCCGGAAAUUCUAGCUAUCGGUAUGUUGGAAUUUGGUAUUCUUUGGCUAAAGUAUCUGAAAAAACAGUGGUGUGGGUUGCAAACAGGAACAAUCCGAUCAAUGAUACCUCUGGUAUGCUCACAAUAAACAGGUAUGGAGAUCUAGUCCUUUAUGCUCAUAAUAUGGAGAGCACUCCUAUUUGGUCUACUAAUGUGUCGCAGUCUGUCAAAAAUGUUAACACAAGCACUUCAUCUGCACAGCUUUUAGAUACAGGAAAUUUAGGUGUAUUCCAGGCUGAUAAAAAUGAAAUCUUUUUAUGGCAAAGUUUUGAUCAUCCUUUAGAUACUCUAAUUCCAGGCUAA